UAAAACUUCGAAGGUGGUAGCCAAACGUCGUUCGGAGUAAGGCGAUACGCUAAAGACCAGAUAUCUUGCUUUUUAACAAAGCCUGUGUUGUGGUAAGACUUUUUAAUACUGCACCAAGGUCACAAAUCGUUGCACUUCGAGAGCGUCGCGGUAGAUUUUCCAGACUUUGUUGAGCAAUCAGGAAGUAGAGUUCGGAGUUAUAAUUAACUAUAUGAGUGAAAUCUGACACCUUUCAUAGCUUCCAGACUCCGGAAUAUUACUCUGGUGAUAAAAAAAACUGCAAUCUAACAAGUAUAGACUUGGAAAGUUACCAAAGAUCGAGGAUUUCUGAGGGAAAUCAAUUGUUGAUAUCCAGGAAUACUGUUUACUCUGAGUACGGAGACUAUAUCGUCGUGUCGAAGGAAGUGUAUCGCGAACUGACGCCAACUAUAGGCUCAUAUAAUCACUUGCCUACCGUACUAUACAAAUAUUUGUAUCGACCACGACGUAUUUUGCAAGAAAUACAAACAGACUCGGACCUGUUAGUCAUAUCUGGACAAGGCUCAAUUCUCUUCGACAAAAAGUUUGUAAUUCGUUUCCUGUAUUGAAUAAUAUGGUGUAUUAUCGUGAGAGGUUGAUUGCUCUAAACCUUGUAAAGUAGUAGAGGUUACAGUGAGCAGAAAGAUACCGAAACCACAUCCAUAUUUCUAGAUAUACAAUACUAGAACAGCGAAGAAUUCGUAUUUAAAAACAAAGUACUUCCUGGCGUUCAAUACAUCGUUUUAAACACAAUGGCGUCAGACUCGCAGGAAUACGCACUCGCCGAGUCUCUGGUGUGGAGCACACAAGAUUUCAGCCUCGCUGAGUUUGUCGAGAAAUUCGAACUACCACAAGUCGUGUUGGUCGAGGUGGGAUAUUGCGGCGAAGACGAGCGAACGACCUUUAGCAGCGGUCAAAUCCUGACCCUGCACACUCUUCGAAGGAACAGCAAAAUAGUUUGUCAAGUUCCUCACGCGAAUGCCGUGACUGUCCCUUCGAGUUGCCAGUUUAAAGCUGAGGUGAUACCAAUGGAAUGUUACGAUACCAUAGUCACCGCGUAUCAACUGUCAACACAAUACCAGAAAAUAAAAUUCGUUCGUGUGAUGGAGAUCGGGUCCACGUGGAACAACAACGCAAUAGACACUUUGAAAAUCAACGAUAUUCUUCAGAUCAUGAAAAUCGACACGAGAAAUUCAGUCAUACGAUGCAAGAACCUAACGUCAGACGAAAACGUAUCGAUUUUGAUCGACUCUACUGCAGUGUUUAUACCGUUGGUGGACCCAAUGAAGUACACUUUGGCCGAGAUAAAAAAGAAGUUCAGAUUACCAGCUAAAAUACGAUUUCUCGACAAAAAGGCCGAGAUACAGGCUAAGGCAGAACCAAGUAUAACGAAAGGCUACAAACCUACGAGUUACCUGUCAGAUUUGGGCCAGAUGACAGCCAUUGAAGAGAUAGAAGAUAGCGACGUUAUCGUUACCACUGUGUGUUCAAACCUAAAAGAAAAGGUUUGCUUCAACGUUCCUACAACAUUGGAUAUCAGGCUCACAGUUGCUGAAGGUUUCCUGCACGGCGAUGAAACUUAUCAAAAAGUUGUCAAAACCUUGGACAAACAAUUAAAUCGUACAGAUCUCGAGGCGUUUGAGGGUUUGGAUGUUUACCAACACAUGCAUGCGGUCAAGGAAGCCAUUAAACAACUGGACAGAAAUCUACCCAUCGAGGUAGCAUCAGCUGACGUUCAGUCCCACGCUAAUCAACAACUGCAGAUUCAACGCAAGAAGUCCGAGAAAUGGAGUUUUCUUCCCGAGAAAAAACCAGAGAUUGUUCCAAGGGGACAAGGAUCUUCAUUCAAGAAACCUCCUCCAAUUCCCCCAAAGAAAACUGAGGCUAGCAAUCAACCAAAAGAAAGCAAGAUAAAGUUAAAAAAGCUGAAAUCUCCAAAUUGGUUGAACUCUUUGGGACGUAAAAUAAGCGACAACAAGAGCCCGGCUCCAAAACACGAGGGUUAUUACGAAGAACUGGGCGGUGAAGGUGCACCAUACGAGCAACCUGAAGACGGGUCUGAUGGAUGUUAUGCCAGUAUUGAGGAUCUUUACGAAGAGGGGUUAUCUCAGGACUCCGAUUCUGAUGACAGUAGGAACUAUACCGAGCUAAACAAAGAUUACGUUACGCAAAGAGACUACGUGAAACCUUUGAAAAUUCCUUUGAAUCAACCAACGAAGAAACAUCAUUAUCACGAGCCGGAACCCACAUCAACUAUACCUCAACAUAAAUCAGCGCCCAGCACCCCAAAAUCAAGACACGCUCCAAAAUCAAUACAAGACUUGGCAUUACCAGAAAUACCGAACGAACGGCAGUCAAGCACUCCACCACCAUUGCCGUCGUCGAAACCGCCCCAAACACAAGAAGACAAGCAAGCAAUAUACGAAGCGAUCGCUCGAUUUCCAAAAGAUAUUUCAGGCCUCAGCGUCGCCGACGUUAGCAGGCUCCUGCGUUACCUGGGGAUGGGAUCGUACGUGGAAACCUUUGAGAGUGAACUUGUUGACGGAGAUAUGUUAUCAAGCAUGGACCAGGACGCUCUGGAGUCGCUGAAUGUGAGCUCGUUCCAUGUUAAGAAAAUGUUAAAGUUCAUCGGCGGUUGGCGUCCAAAUGUUUAGUGAAUUUCAUUUCAGUAUAAGAGAUUAAAUUUAGCAAGGAUUUAUAUAUCCGAUAUUUUAGGCUUCAAAAAGGCGAGAUUUGAGAUGCACGACUUCGUCUAUACUAAGUGUAUUAAGUUCUUCCGUAACUCCUAGAAAUGAUAAAAUGUAUCUUUUUUAAUAAGCGCUACAUACGUAAGGAUAACGCACAUCUAAAUACUCGAGGUAUGAACAAACCCAUGCGAUGGACUUCACUUGCAUGUAAAUGAAUUAUGAUUAUUGGCACUUCACUCGAUGCAGGUAAAUUCUAGAGGUUGAAAGGGUCUUAAUUUCGAGUGGAAUU